AUGGUGUGCCUAGAGAGCCCCUCAAUUUGGCCACAACUUCAAAUUGUGAAUUUAGCUUCCAAUUAUUUUGAAAGUGAACUAACAGCACCGAUGAUUCUUAAGUGGACAUCAAUGAUGGCUAGCACAACUAAAGUGCAAACAGACUCAAGCUAUCUGCAAAGUAAUGUAUCCUUUACAUACUAUCAAAAUUUUGUGACAAUCAACUUCAAAGGUCUUUCCUAUGCGUUGCAAUACAUCCUGAUAACUUUCACUAGCAUUGACUUCUCAAACAAUGCUUUCCAUGGAGAGCUUCCAAGAGAGCUGGGAAAUCUAAAUGCUCUUGUAGUGCUCAACCUUUCUCACAACUCAUUUUGGGGCCAUAUUCCAUUAUCAUUUAGGAAUUUGAGUCAGGUUGAAUCGUUGGAUCUUUCUUGUAAGGCCUUAACUGGGAAGAUACCUGGAGAGCUUGGAAACUUAAAUUUCCUUAGCUAUCUAAACCUAUCCUUCAACAAACUAACAGGAAUGAUCCCAACAAGCACUUAA